AUGGAAAAUCUGAUUGAAAUGGAGCUAUAUCAAAACAAUCUCAGUGGUCCAAUCCCUCAUUCUCUGGCUAAUUUAACUAAACUAGAGAAGCUCUAUUUGUAUGGAAAUCAAUUAUCUGGUCCGGUGUCUAUAGAAAUUGGAGAUAUGAAAAGUCUGGUUGAAUUGGACCUAUCUCAAAACAAACUCAGUGGUCCACUCCCUCAUUCUCUGGUUGAUUUUAACAAUCUCGUUUUCUUGGCAGUAUCUCAAAACAAACUCAGUGGUCCACUCCCUCAUUCUUUGUCUAGUUUAAGUAAACUAGAAAUACUUUAUCUGUUUGACAAUCAAUUAUCUGGUCUAGUGCCUUCAGAAAUUGGAUAUAUGGAAAAUCUUGUUGAAUUGGACCUAUCUCAAAAUAAACUCAGUGGUCCACUCCCUCAUUCUUUGUCUAGUUUAAGUAAACUAGAAAUACUCCAUUUGUUUGACAAUCAAUUAUGUGGUCUAGUGCCUUCAAAAAUUGGAUAUAUGGAAAAUCUGAUUGAACUGGAGCUAUAUCAAAACAAUCUCAGUGGUCCAAUCCCUCAUUCUCUGGCUAAUUUAAGUAAACUAGAGAAGCUCUAUUUGUAUGGAAAUCAAUUAUCUGGUCCGGUGCCUACAGAAAUUGGAGAUAUGAAAAAUCUGGUUGAAUUGGACCUAUCACAAAACAAACUUAGUCGUCCACUCCCUCAUUCUCUGGUUGAUUUUAACAAUCUCGUUUUCUUGGCAGUAUCUCAAAACAAACUCAGUGGUCCACUCCCUCAUUCUUUAUCUAGUUUAAGUAAACUAGAAAUACUCUAUUUGUUUGACAAUCAGUUAUCUGGUCUAGUGCCUUCAGAAAUUGGAUAUAUGGAAAAUCUUGUUGAAUUGGACCUAUCUCAAAACAAACUCAGUGGUCCACUCCCUCAUUCUUUAUCUAGUUUAAGUAAACUAGAAAUACUCCAUUUGUUUGACAAUCAAUUAUCUGGUCUAAUGCCUUCAAAAAUUGGAUAUAUGGAAAAUCUGAUUGAACUGGAGUUAUAUCAAAACAAUCUCAGUGGUCCAAUCCCUCAUUCUCUGGCUAAUUUAAGUAAACUAGAGAAGCUCUAUUUGUAUGGAAAUCAAUUAUUUGGUCCGGUGCCUACAGAAAUUGGAGAUAUGAAAAAUCUGGUUGAAUUGGACCUAUCUCAAAACAAACUCAGUGGUCCACUCCCUCAUUCUCUGGUUGAUUUUAACAAUCUCGUUUUCUUGGCAGUAUCUCAAAACAAACUCAGUGGUCCACUCCCUCAUUCUUUGUCUAGUUUAAGUAAACUAGAAAUACUCUAUCUGUUUGACAAUCAAUUAUUUGGUCUAGUGCCUUCAGAAAUUGGAUAUAUGGAAAAUCUUGUUGAAUUGGACCUAUCUCAAAACAAACUCAGUGGUCCACUCCCUCAUUCUUUGUCUAGUUUAAGUAAACUAGAGAAGCUUUAUUUGGAUGGAAAUCAAUUAUCUGGUCCGGUGCCUACAGAAAUUGGAGAUAUGAAAAAUCUUGUUGAAUUGGACCUAUCUCAAAACAAACUCAGUGGUCCAAUCCCUCAUUCUCUGGCUAAUUUAAGUAAACUAGAGAAGCUCUAUUUGUAUGGAAAUCAAUUAUCUGGUCCGGUGCCUACAGAAAUUGGAGAUAUGAAAAAUCUUGUUGAAUUGGACCUAUGUCAAAACAAACUCAGUGGUCCACUCCCUCAUUCUUUGUCUAGUUUAAGUAAACUAGAAAUACUCCAUUUGUUUGACAAUCAAUUAUCUGGUCUAGUGCCUUCAGAAAUUGGAUAUAUGGAAAAUCUGAUUGAACUGGAGCUAUAUCAAAACAAUCUCAGUGGUCCAAUCCCUCAUUCUCUGGCUAAUUUAAGUAAACUAGAGAAGCUCUAUUUGCAUGGCAAUCAAUUAUUUGGUCAUGUGCCUUCUGAAAUCGGAGAUAUGAAAAAUCUUAUUGACUUGGAGCUAUCUCAAAACAACCUCAGUGGUCCAAUCCCUCAUUCUCUGUCUAAUUUAAGUAGAUUACAAACCCUCUAUUUGCAUUCGAAUCAGUUAUUUGGUACCAUACCUCAAGAUUUUGGUAGUCAAGCAUCCAUUGUAGAAUUCCAGUUGGCCAACAACCUCUUAUCUGGAAGCUUACCUCAACAAAUAUGCAAAGGACGAUCACUUCAAAAAUUAACAGUUGAAAACAAUUGUCUUACGGGUCCUAUUCCAGACUUAAGAAAUUGCACAAGUUUAAGUAGAGUUAAACUUGAAAACAACCAAUUUGUAGGAAAUAUAACUGACAAUUUUGGUGUACAUCCACAUCUUUAUUACAUUGAUAUAAGUCACAAUAGACUAUAUGGAGAGUUGUCACCAAAUUGGGGAAAAUGUAAGAAUUUGUCUGUUCUGAAGAUUUCUGGAAAUAAUAUUAGUGGGAAGAUACCACUUGAGGUUGGUCAGUUAACUCAACUUGGAGAACUUGAUCUUUCUUCCAACAAACUUGCUGGAGAAAUACCAAGGGAACUUGGUAACUUAUCUACAUUGCUCCUUUUGUAUUUAAAUGACAACCAGAUUUCAGGGCAUGUACCAGUUGAAAUCGGCAAGUUAAUCAAUUUGGACCAUCUAGAUCUAUCGGCAAACUGCUUGAUUGGAUCAAUCCCGACACAACUUGGUCAAUGCUCCAAAUUGUUGUCAUCAAAUUUGAGCUAUAAUUCAUUGAAUGGAAGCAUUCCAUCUCAAAUUGGUGAUCUUGUAUCCCUACAAGUUCAAUUGGACCUUAGUCAUAACUCAAUCAGUGGACCGAUACCACCAGAGCUUGGGAAUUUGAUGAUGCUGGAAAUUUUGAAUCUAUCCCAUAAUAUGGUCACAGGGUCAAUCCCUUUUUCUCUUGAAAAUAUGGUUAGCUUAGUAUCUCUUGAUUUGUCCUAUAAUGAUUUGGAGGGUGUUGUUCCUAACAAUCGGAUUUUUAGAAAUGCUUCACCUCAAGCAUUUAGAAACAAUAAAGGGUUAUGUGGUGAACUCCAAGGUCUACUUCCCUGCAAUCGAUCUCUUACAAGCAAAGGAAUGAAAAAAAAUGGACACAAAGUUGUCAUAUCCAUUGUUGCUUCUUUUAUAGGAAUUGUGGUCCUAAUAUUUGCAUUUAUCUGUGUUUUCUUCCUCUUGCGAAAGAAAGUGAAAAAGGAGAAUAUAGAACAAGCAAGAAGAAACCAUGGAAAUGUAUUUUCAAUAUGGAAUUUCGAUGGAAAGAUUGCUUAUGAGGACAUUAUUCAAGCAACAGAGGAUUUUGAUGCCAAAUAUUGCAUUGGAAUUGGAACUUAUGGGAGUGUUUACAAAGCAGUGCUACCUACAGGCCAUGUAGUUGCCUUGAAGAAGUUCCAUCCGUUGGAAGGUGAGAUGAUAGUUGAUGAUGAAAGCUUUGGGAAUGAGAUUCGUGUGUUAACAGAAAUAAGGCAUCGAAACAUUGUCAAACUUUAUGGAUUCUGCUCUCAUCCACGAUGCAUGUUUCUUGUUUAUGAGUACAUGAAAAAAGGAAGCAUAGCACGUAUCUUAAGCAAUCAAGCAGAGGCUAUUGAGUUUGAUUGGCAGAAAAGAGUAAAUGCCAUCAAAAGUGUGGCCAAUGCUUUGUCUUACUUGCAUCAUGAUUGCAUUCCCCCAAUAAUUCAUCGGGAUAUUUCAAGCAAAAAUAUAUUGCUGGACUUGGACCUUGAGGCUCAUGUAUCUGAUUUUGGCAUUGCAAGAUUAUUAAAGCCAGACUCAUCUAAUUGGACGUCAAUUAAAGGAACUCAUGGAUAUAUUGCUCCAGAGCUUGCAUACACGAUGGCUUUAACUGAGAAGUGUGAUGUAUAUAGUUUCGGAGUGGUGGCAUUAGAAACAAUUAUGGGAAAGCAUCCAGGGGAGCUCAUCUCAUCCUUAACAUCAUUAGUUGGCCAAAAGAUUCUACUAAGGGACAUGUUAGACCCAUGCCUCACCUUUCCAUCAGACCAAAAUGUUGCAAAGGAUGUGGUUUCUAUUGUGAGAAUAGCACUUGCAUGUUUACGCAAUCACCCACAAUCCCGCCCAAAUAUGCAUCAAGUAUCAAAAAAGCUACUUUUUCUCCAACCAUCAUUUGUGGAGAAUUUGAAUACAAUUACUGUAGGUGACCUAAAUGCUACUGAAAUACAAUAAUUAUGAUCGACGGCUCAUUCGACCAACAGGGGACUGACGCGAUUCGUUUAAGACCACACUCAAAAUUAAACAAUAAAUCUCAAGGGAUGGCAUAGCUAAAGUGCUCACUGUGUGGACCAUAGAGCUGAUCUUUAUUUCUUUGGAGGGAAUAGCAGCUGCAUUUUCAGCUUAUUGUCAUGCAGAGCUUUCUAGCUGCUGGAAGUGCCUACCAUUGUUCAUAUAUUCCUGGGCUUGAUGUUGGGGUUGUCCCAUGUGCUGCAAUUCUUGUAUUUGUGGUCACUCGAUCUUUUGUGUGGGAAUUAUUAUUUUCCUUUCCAUGGAAAUUUAAUUUUCAUUUUAGUCUU